GCUGUCGUGACGAUGCUCGUGACGUAAUAACCGAAUUACUAUGGUGGAGUGUCGGGACCGUCGGGGUUGAGGGUUCACGCCUCACGCGUUAUUUACCAUUCUGCCCCGUCACUGCGAUCGCGAGUGAACUCGGUUCAACUCCCCUCGGGCAACGACGGACGAGAUGGACAGCAAUAAGGACGAGGCGGAGCGAUGCAUGGAGCUCGCGGAGCGGUUUAUGCGGGAGCGGAAAUACGAGGAGGCCGAGAAAUUCGCCCGCAAGGCCCAGAAGCUUUACCCGACGAAGAAGGCCGAGGAUCUGCUGGCGGAAGUAACGGUGCUCUCCAAGCAGAAUCAGAAAUCCGAGUCGGCGGAGCCUAACGUUAGAAAGCGGCAAAAUGUAGCCAAAGACGGAGCACAUUCCCAGAGUAAUUCCGAAUACACAAAGGAGCAGUUGGAGCACGUCAAGAGGAUAAAGAAAUGCAAGGAUUAUUACGAGAUUUUGGGUGUCAGCAAAGAUGCUACGGACAGCGACAUUAAGAAGGCGUACAAGAAACUGGCGCUUCAGUUGCAUCCUGACAAGAACAAGGCACCGGGCGCUGCCGAGUCUUUCAAAGCUAUCGGCAACGCGGUCGCCAUCCUCACCGACACGGAGAAGCGGAAACAGUACGACAUGUACGGCCCCGAGGAGGAACGAAUGCAGAAUGCGCAUAGUCGCCAGGGCCACACGCACUACAACUACACUCGUGGAUUUGAAGCCGACAUCACGGCCGAGGAGUUGUUCAACAUGUUCUUCGGCGUCGGCUUCCCGCAACAGGAGUUCUACAUGCGUCGGCCGGGCGGUAGAUGGAUGCGGCAGUCGGAGGCGCAAGCGCAGCACGCUCAUUCUCAGCAAGCGAACGGAUACACCACGUUUCUUCAGAUGUUGCCAGUUCUGUUAUUAAUACUGUUGACUAUGAUGAGCAGCUUUUUCAUAUCCGACCCAGUGUACAGCCUGCAACCGAGUUCGAAAUAUUCCGUGGUCAGAACAACUCAGGGUUUGAAAGUACAAUAUUACGUUAAAGAAAACUUUCAUAGCGAAUAUCAGGGGAGCUUACGUAGGCUAGAAAUUUCAAUUGAAGAGGAGUACGUGAGUCACUUGAGACAAGGCUGCGCCAGAGAAAAAAAUUACAGAGACGGUCUAAUGUGGAAAGCUCGCAACUUGCAAGAUCCAGAUCUGUACUUGAAAGCUAAAAAUUUCGAUAUGUCUUCGUGUAAGAGGCUACAAGAACUGCAAGCACAAUAGAUAAAACAUGUAAACUAAAGAUAGAAGUUUUGUGUGUUGUAGAUAGAUGUAUAUUAUAUUUGUAUAUGUAUAAUUGUCUUUGGGUGUAUAAUGAGAAUUUGUUAUAAGAUUGUUGGUUGUAAAAUGUCUUUAUACACUCAAAGUAAGUCCAUAUUUCAAGACCAAUCAAGUUCACACACACUUGGACUCUAGCCGUUCGUUCCGUGCAUAAAUUUCAAAUUGCACCGUGAACGAUUAUUGCUAUGCGGAGUAAAUAAAGUUUUAGCCUUUAUUUAUUCGACCUGAGUGAAAAUAUGUAUAAGAAAAUCUCUUUACGUUUGUCAUAUAAUUUUCAUUCUCUCGAAGCAAACGUGUAUAUUAGUUAUAAAUACCUUCAAAAGAUUGAUAAAAGUUGUCUGUAAAAAGAAAACGGUGUAAUAUGCGUACAGUUGCCUCUUCAGCUUAUUAUCAAGCAUAUUAUAGUAUUACGGAAUAUUAUUAGGGUGACAGCCAUUCUGAAUACUCAGUUAUUUAUAACGAGCAAAAUGAAAGCCUAGUACUUGUAAGUACGAUUACAUAGUAUAGGUGGAGUGAAUAUAUCGUGCGUAUACAUAGAUGGUUUCAUAGACUCGCGGGUCCAAUUUAUUUCGUGAUAACGCUUUUUUCAAUUGCAAGAUUGAAAAAUUACGAAUAUUUAUCUGUAGUAGGUAUCGACGAUUUAUACUUUACGCUCGGAAUGUUACUGCACAGCUGAUUGUUAGUAUGCGCCUUAAAUUUCUAGCAACUUUUGAGGAUGUAUAAAUUUUAACAAGAAAGGGAGAAGCAAUUUAACGAGGACAGAUCAUUUCUCAGCUAUUUUUUUAACUUCAAUUAUUUUGCUGCCUCUUCAUUUAUUGCUCUUGGCUACAAACGUAUACAACACUUACGUACGUAUACUUUAUGUUGAAUUGCUUCUCGCAAAAAAAAAGCUAUUUAAAUUUUUUAUCGACCUUGUGAUUGCAGAGAACACAGUGACAUACGAUUGUUCACAAUCCGUAAUGAGUUCACUAUAAUUUUAAUAUAUAAUAUAAAGUAAAAGCUUCAGUAUUCGAUAAAGAGAAUUGUUAGACGACUUUAGGCUGGCAGAUGGUUUCUUUAUUUAAAUCCGGAUUUGCCAGCCUAAAGUCGUCCAACAAUUCUUCUUGUCGUUAAUCAACUCUACUGGCGAUUCACAUUCUUUCGUAGCCUCAGUAUUCGCUUCUAGCAGACUGUAAUAUAUAUAAUUAUAUAUAUACUUUUUUUCUCGAGUUGGUGGAAUUCCCUGAUACUUGUGCGAAGUUUCAUUCAAAUCAACAUGUACUUGAAUACAUCUUUUGAUUUUA